GUCUCGGACCUUGUCAUUUCCCCGGCAACUAGAGAUUCCUUGCUCCAUUUGCAUAGUCCUUUUCCCUGGCACUACUUUAUCGCCUAGUGGUUUGAUAUCUCUCCCUGUCGCCGGGUUGGCAGUGUUUGCGAGCAACUUCCACUUGCCUUCCCGGUGAUUGGGUCCUAGUUGGAUCUUCUUAGCUAGCAUUAGGUAGUUUGAUUCCCAAGCAAGCACGCAUCUAUUUUUCUGCGGUUUUCGCGUUUUUUUUACAUUGUGGGCGAGCUUAAAUUCUCGUUUCCUUACACUAAGAUGUUGCCCUCUUCCAGGAGUCCUAGCUAGCGAGCGAGAGCGAGAGCGAGAGCGAGCAAGCGAGCGAGCAGCUGCUACGACUGCUGCUCGACGCAGCCGGUGCUGUUUAGCUGAGGAACAAUGGAGCAGAAGUAUGUCAUGUGGUCGACCAUCGGACUUGGGCUUGGUGUGGGGCUCGGACUCGGCCUUGCUCGUUCGAAGUCUUCCCCGAAUGUGGGCUCUGCUGGAAGGCAGCUGCAGCAGCCGGAUGUCUUAGAGCUGGAGCUCUUGAGCCAGAUAAUUGAUGGGAAGGACAGUGGCGCUACUUUCGACGAGUUCCCUUACUAUCUCAAUGAGCAGACGCGAGUUCUUCUUACGAAUGCUGCCUACGUUCACCUCAAGCAAAGGGAGUUCUCCAAGUAUACGCGAAAUCUCUCACCAGCGAGUCGGACAAUACUCCUGACUGGGCCGGCAGGUGCCGAGGCCUACCAGCAGAUGCUUGCGAGGGCUCUGGCUCACUAUUUCGAAGCUAAACUCUUACUCCUUGACGUUUCCGACUUCGUCUCCAAGGUUCAGAAAAAGCACGGCGAUGUGAAAUUUUCUUCUGAGCCAUUGCCUGAGGUUUUGUUUCGAACUGUAAGCCAGUUCGCCAGUAACGUCGGAAGCUUAGCAACACAAAUCACAAGGUCAUCAGGCGAAAAUGCCUCAGAUUCUCAAAGUAAUACAUCUCCUAGCAAAAGUCCAGAAAAUCUCUCUAAGUCGGGAAAAGCUCCAGAAGCCUUGCCUUUGCGUCGGAGUAAUUCCUUGGGACUAUUUGAGGAGAAGUCACUGUUUAAUGCAUUGUUCAAGGUUCUCGCAUCCGUUUCUGGGUCCAGUCCGAUCGUCCUCUACUUGCGUGACGUAGAGAGACUUGUGUCGAGAGGCCCAAAGACAUACUCUCUGUUCUUGAAACGUUUGAAGAAGCUUUCAGGCCCAAUUUUAGUGUUGGGAUCAAGGAUAAUGCAAACUAAGGACUCUGAAAGUGUAAAUGAGAAGUUGGAGCACCUGUUUUCAUACACCAUCAACAUUAAACCUCCCGAAGACAAUGCAGUUCUUGUCAGCUGGAGAAGUCAGCUAGAAGAAGACAUGAAAACUAUUCAAGCUCAAGACAACCGAAAUCACAUUUUAGAGGUUCUCGGUUCGAAUGACGUAGAGUGUGACGACCUUGGAUCCAUUUGCUUCAGUGACACGAUGCUUCUUAGUAACUACAUUGAAGAAAUAUUGGUUUCGGCGAUUUCCCAUCAUCUAAUGAACACAGAGCAACCAGAUUAUCGCUCAGGAAGGCUUGUAAUUUCUUCUAAAAGUCUUGCUUAUGGCCUAGAAUUAUUUCAAGCUGGGCAGCUUGACAGCAACGAGGCUAAAUUACAAGCAGAAACAAAGGUGGAGACUUCGAAGCCGGAAGCUCAGGAAACAGUCACCAGAGGGAAUGCGGACGUCAAAACAGAUGUUCCUGUUGCGGAGGCGAAAACCGAAGUUUCAAAGCCUGAAGGACCCAAGCCAGACAACGAAAAGAAAUCAUCUGAUACAACGAAGCCUGCUCCCGUUACCACAAAAGCAGACGUCCCUCCAGAUAAUGAAUUUGAAAAGAGAAUCAGACCAGAGGUUAUUCCAGCUGGAGAAGUUGGAGUGAACUUCCAAGAUAUUGGUGCUCUUGACAACGUUAAAGAGUCGUUGCAAGAGCUUGUGAUGCUACCAUUGCGAAGGCCCGAGUUGUUCAACAAGGGUGGCUUGAUUAAGCCUUGCAGAGGCAUUCUUUUGUUUGGUCCCCCAGGAACUGGGAAAACCAUGCUUGCAAAAGCUGUUGCAACGGAAGCCGGCGCUAGCUUCAUCAAUGUCUCAAUGUCUUCCAUAACAUCAAAGUGGUUUGGUGAAGAUGAAAAGAAUGUACGGGCUUUGUUUACGCUUGCUGCAAAAGUAGCACCUACGAUCGUCUUCAUUGAUGAAGUUGAUAGUAUGCUUGGCCAACGAUCUCGUGUGGGAGAGCACGAGGCAAUGCGAAAGAUAAAGAACGAAUUUAUGGCGCAUUGGGAUGGACUCUUGACCAAGGGUGCUGAGCGUGUCCUCGUUCUGGCUGCAACAAAUCGUCCAUUUGAUUUGGACGAAGCAAUCAUCCGAAGAUUCGAGCGAAGAAUCAUGGUUGGUUUACCAGACGUGCAAAAUCGCGAGAAAAUCCUACGGGCGAUUCUUUCGAAGGAACAUCUAUCAAGUGACUUUGAUUUUCCGGAGCUUGCCAACAUGACCGAUGGAUAUUCCGGAAGCGACCUGAAGAACCUUUGCAUGGCGGCUGCGUAUCGACCCGUACGUGAUUUGCUGAAGAAAGAGAAAGAGAAGAAAGAAAAAGCAAAGAAAAAGAAACGCUCCUCCAAGGAAGAAAGCGAAGCUACUUCCAAAAGCGACAAGGAAGAAGCAGCGGCCAAAGGAGGACCAGCGCCGCCACCAACAGAUGCAAAAACAGCCGACGAUCUGUCUCUCAGGCCACUCAACAUGGACGACAUGAAAGAGGCCAGGAAACAGGUCUCUGCCAGCUUCUCCGCCGAAGGAGCGGGCAUGUCCGAGCUCCAAGAAUGGAACGAGCUCUACGGCGAGGGUGGAUCUCGCAAGAAGCAGCAGCUCUCUUACUUCAUGUAAGGCCACCACGGCGCAACAACACUACCUUUACAACACGGUACUAGACAACACAACGAUUACUGCCAUUAUACAACAGCAACGAUUAUACUACUAUAACGAUACUAUUUGACAACCACAACACUAACAGGAAUGGGUUGUAACACUUACAACCGAUGGAUUGGAUACUUCCAUAUACUUCUAGUCAUUCGUAGCGGUAGCUAGCUCAGCUACAUAACAAUUCUUUACUUUCAUGCGUGGAAGCAGCUCAAAGCACUUGUACAGUCUAUAUAGAACACCGAUUCUUUAUA